AUGCAUGAGAUGGAGAACAUAAAUUUUGAAUAUAUUGAAGGUUUUUCUAAAUGUGAAGCUAUUAUGAAUGAAAAUGAAAUGUAUGAAAUUUCAAGUUUUAAAAGUAUUUGUAAUAAAAAUGUACUACGUAAUUUUGAUGAAUCUGGAACCGAAAACAUGAAGACAUGCAUUAAUGUUAUGAAAUAUAUAUCCAAUAUAUAUACGUUAACAAUGGAUAACGAGCCUACAGAAACCCCAUGUUUGUACAUGUAUUAUUGGAUAUAUAAUUAUCUUAUGGAAAAUAAAAAAGUUAACAUCACGAGAAAACUUUUUAUUGAAUUCCUUAAGACAUACGAAGAUGAUGCUCAUAAUAAUACUUUAUGCAAAAAUUAUAAAGAGGAUGAUGCAGAAAAUAUUUUGAAUACAUGCAUAUAUAUGAUAUGUAUAUUUAAACGGAAAAAUAAACAUAAAAACAACCUGAAAUUAUUCCAGUUUUUAAACGAACGACAACGACCACUGGUAGGUACAAUACUUCAGUUAUUAUUUUAG